AACGUGUCCGUGCUUCAUGUUUCUCCACAGACGUCCAGCAGCUGGUGGUGACCAAAGAAGAAGAUGACCCUGUCAGUCUGGACGAGGAGAACCUUCCAGAAGUCCCACACAUUAAAGAAGAACAAGAGGAGGUCUGGACCAGUCAGGAGGACCCACCAGAACCCCCACACAUUAAAGAAGAACAGGAGGACUUCUGGACCAGCAGAGAGCAGCUUCAAGGCCUGGACCAGGCUAAUAUCAAGUUCAUGUUCUUUCCUGUCGCUGUGAAGAGUGAAGAAGAUGAUGAAGAAGAAGAAGAUGAAGAGAAACCUCAGUCCUCACAGCUUCAUCAGAGACAAACUGAAGACAUGAAACCAGAAGCUGAUGAAGAGGACUGUGGAGGACCAGAACCAGACAGAGACUCAGAUCUACAUUUACAACCAGACAUAGAUGUUAAGAAGUCGCACAGCUCUGAACCUGAAAGUGACGACAGCUGGGAUUGGGAGGACACCAGAGAAACUCAGGCCCGUCUGAAGUCUCUGCAGAACAAUGAAGAACCUGAUCUGGACUCUAACAUUGGAGCCAAUGGUGUGAAAACAGGAGUGAAACCAUUUCAAUGCUCGAUCUGUGGCAGCAGUUACUCUCGAAAAGACUCGUUAACGUCUCACAUGAAGCUUCACUCUGAGGGAAAACGCUUCAGCUGCUCAGUCUGUAAGAAAACGUUCCAGCAGAGAGGAAACGUGGUCGAGCACAUGAGAGUCCACACGGGAGAGAAACCCUUCAGCUGCCCUUUCUGUGACAGGAAGUUCGCGCAUAGUUCAGGUCUGAACACACACCUGAGAGUCCACACAGGUGAGAAACCGUUCACCUGCUCGGUGUGUCAAGCCAGCUUCAGUUUCAGGAGCAGUUUCUCCACACACAUGAGGAAGCAUGCCGGAGAGAAACCCUUCAGCUGCUCAGACUGUGGGAAAACGUUCACACGGAAGGAACACCUGACACAACACCUGAGCGUCCACACGGGCGAGAAGCCGUUCAGCUGCUCCGUGUGCCAUAAAGUGUUUCGGGAUAAAGGAACUCUGAGACGUCACGUGACCGUCCACACCGGAGAGAAGCCGUUCAGCUGCUCGGUCUGUGGGAAAGGAUUUCGAGAUCGGGGAAAUCUGACGCGGCACACGAGAAUCCACACCGGAGAGAAACCGUUCAGCUGCUCAGCGUGCGACAGGAGAUUCACUCAGCUUCAUGUCUUUAAAAAACACAAGUGUGCUGCACAGAGCAGUGCAAGCAAAGAAAGCAUUAAGAACACCUGUGAGAUUCAAACAAAGGCAACAUGGAGGAGAAUGAGAGGAGGUGAGGCUGAGCAGGAGAAAACCACAGAAAAACAACCUGGAAGGAUUUGUACAAGCAAACGGGACCAAAGCAGCCCGGAGUGUGAAAGCGGUCCCGUCAGGUCCAAUGGGAGCGAAGCAGCAGAGCCUGCACGUGAGGACACACCUGUCCAGAUGUCUGACAAACUACUGCACGCGCACCUGAGGCCGGAGGCAGACGUCCAGCAGCUGGUGGUGACCAAAGAAGAAGAUGACUCCGUCAGUCUGGACCAGGACGACCCACCAGAACCCACACACAUUAAAGAAGAACAGAAGGAGGUCUGGACCAGCAGAGUGCAGCUUCAAGGCCUGGACCAGGCUGAUAUCAUCAAGUUCACAUUCUUUCCUGUCACUGUGAAGAGUGAAGAAGACGAUGAAGAAGAAGAUGAAGAGAAACCUCAGUCCUCACAGCUUUAUCAGAGACAAACUGAAGACAUGAAAGCUGAUGGAGAGGACUGUGGAGGACCAGAACCAGACAGAGACUCAGAUCCAGAUCAUCAUGAUGAGACUUUAGACUUCUCUGAACCUGAGACUGAUGACAGCGAUGACUGGAAGAAGAGCAGUGGACCUCAGUCAGGUAACCGUGGGUGUGAUCCAGGUGAGAAACCGUUCAGCUGCUCUGAGUGCGGGAAAAGAUUCAGCCAUAACGCAAACCUGAAGAGACACAUGAGGACACACACUGGAGAGAAACCCUUCAGCUGCUCGGUCUGCGGGAAAGAGUUUGCACAAAGCUCAACGCUGACGCUACACCUACGAGUUCACACAGGAGAGAAACCGUUCGCAUGCUCGGUCUGUCAAACAAGCUUCAGUCUCAGGAAUAAUUUGUACACACACAUGAGGAUGCACACCGGAGAGAAACCCUUCAGCUGCUCAGUCUGCGGGAAAAGCUUCACACAGAGCUCCAGUCUGACCUCACAUCUGAGAGUUCACACAGGAGAGAAACCCUUCACAUGCUCGGUUUGUCAAACGGGCUUCGGUGACAGAGGAACUCUGUUCAGACACAGGAGUGUCCACACCACCGAGAGACAGUUCAGCUGCUCAGUGUGCGGGAAAGAGUUUCGACAAAAGGGUCACAUGAUACGUCACAUGGGACUCCACACAGGGGAGAAACCUUACAGCUGCGACGUUUGUGACCGAAGAUUCACUCGACUGUAUACGCUCAAAAACCAUCAGUGUGUCGGCCGGCAGGCCUCACAGCUAACAGAGGCUGAUGGAGAGGACAGUGACGGACCAGAACUAGAACCAGACGGCCUCUUUAAUCCAGAUACUCAUGAAGAGACGUCACACUUCUCUGAAGUCUGUGAGGAGAUCCUCAUAUCAGGAAACACGAGUUGUAGAGAUGCUCAUUAAGGUUCAUGUGGAUGACGCCACGUCAACAUUUCAGUUCUGUAUAUUUAAAAUGAUCAUGUGACCCGUGCUACCGUCAACAUUGUGUGUUCCCUUCAGCUUUGUUUGAACGUGGAUUGAUAGCAGUGUGUGUUGAGAACGGUCGAUCUACAGAACAGGCUUCAGAUUUCUCACCUGAGUCAUUUAAAGUCUGUGAUUUGCUGGUAGAAAGGAAACACAGUGUUGCUUUAAAGUCAUUCUGCUGUACAAAGUUGUCCUUCUUUUAGAGGUUUGCUGACAGUUACAGGAAAUCCCUGUUCAGGAUGGUCUUUAAUGUAACUUUAAACUCUUUCACACGUUUGACAAACAAGUUCAGUGUAACAAUGCAUUGUUGAACUUUUCCUCAAGAAGUUUGAAUCAUAAAACAUAGAUGGCUCAGUCAUGUUGUAUAAAGUUCUCUAUGUGACGUCACAGGAAAGUUCUUCAUGUUCUUUUGACCAUAUCAUCUCCUUGGAUCAGCACGUCACACCGAUAACUGUUGCUAACAUUUUACAGACUUGUUUGGUCUCAUCCAGACUGAAUGUGUGAUUUUUGUCUUCAUAAAUAAACUUGACUGAUGUUCUUAUUUCAA